CGCGACAGAGGCCUCCUGCUCCCGAGUCAGACCGGCGCCCUUGAGGAGGGUGGGGAGCCGGCUGCUAGGUCCAGGCUGCGUGGCGGCUGGGACUAGUCUGUGGACGUUCACAGCGCACGGAGGAGGGCACACUAGGAAAGUGCGGUUGGCUGCGCUUAGUGAACCAGGGCGUGCAGGCUGAAGGCUGUAAGCACCCACUGCUGUCCCGAGAGCAGAUAAAAUUUGAUGCCGGCACCCUCCUUCUCAGUACACACCGACUAAUUUGGAGAGAUCAGAAAAAUCAUGAGUGCUGCAUGGCCAUUCUUCUUUCCCAAAUUGUGUUCAUUGAAGAACAGGCAGCUGGAAUUGGGAAAAGUGCCAAAAUAGUGGUUCAUCUUCACCCACCUCCAUCCACCAAAGAACCUGGUCCGUUCCAGAGUAGUAAGAACUCCUACAUCAAACUAUCCUUCAAAGAACAUGGCCAGAUUGAGUUUUACAGGCGUUUAUCUGAGGAAAUGACACAGAGAAGAUGGGAGAAUAUGCCAGUUUCCCAGUCAUUGCAAACAAAGAGAGGACCCCAGCCAGGAAGAAUAAGAGCUGUAGGAAUUGUAGGCAUCGAAAGGAAAUUGGAAGAAAAAAGGAAAGAAACUGACAAAAACAUUUCUGAGGCUUUUGAAGACCUCAGCAAGCUAAUGGUCAAGGCUAAGGAAAUGGUGGAGUUAUCAAAAUCAAUUGCUAAUAAAAUUAAAGACAAGCAAGGUGACAUCACUGAAGAUGAGACCAUCAGGUUUAAAUCCUAUUUGCUGAGCAUGGGAAUAGCUAACCCAGUUACCAGGGAAACCUAUGGCUCCGGCACACAGUACCACAUGCAGCUGGCCAAACAGCUGGCUGGAAUACUGCAGGGGCCACUAGAGGAACGAGGGGGAAUAAUGUCACUCACGGAGGUGUACUGUUUAGUAAACCGAGCUCGAGGAAUGGAAUUGCUCUCACCAGAAGAUUUGGUGAAUGCAUGCAAGAUGCUGGAAGCGCUAAAAUUACCUCUCAGGCUCCGAGUUUUUGACAGUGGUGUCAUGGUAAUUGAGCUUCAGAGCCACAAAGAAGAGGAAAUGGUGGCCUCAGCCUUGGAGACAGUUUCAGAAAAGGGAUCCCUGACAUCAGAAGAGUUUGCUAAGCUGGUGGGAAUGUCUGUCCUCCUAGCUAAGGAAAGGUUGCUUCUUGCAGAGAAGAUGGGCCACCUUUGCCGAGAUGAUUCUGUGGAAGGCUUGCGGUUUUACCCAAAUUUAUUUAUGACCCAGAGCUAAGGGUUUUAUAUUUCAAAUACUUCUUGUUCAUAUACUUGUAUCACGUAGAAUUUGUAGGACAUUGAGCUCAGAGUAAACCCUGAUAAUCUGAGAAUUUCUGGAAUGUUAUACUAUAAUAUAAAACCCUUUUUUAAAAAAUUUAUUUAUUGAUGAGACAGACAGAGAGAGAGAGAGAGAGAGAGAGAGGCAGGCAGAGACACAGGCAGAGGGAGAAGCAGGCUCCCUGCAGGGAGCCUGACGUGGGACUCGAUCCCGGGUCUCCAGGAUCACGCCCUGGGCAGAAAGUCGCGCUAAACCACUGAGCCACCCGGGCUUCCCAAUAUAAAACCCUUUUAAUUUCUCCCUAAAUAUUAUGAUCCAGGAAGUUUCCUUAGGAUAAAUAUAGAGAAAAUACAGAAAACUGAAUGCCACUAUGAUUUUGAAAUCAUGCUACAGUUGAUAGAACCUUCAGAGUUUAACUUGAAAUAUGGUGGCUUUUAACUUCAUAUGACCUUUUUUUUUUUUUUAAAAGGGGGGGUUAGUUUAGUUAAUGGGGGAAGAAAGAAGUUGCAUGUUUGGACAGACCAGAUCAUUUUUCUGGUGUGACUAAAAUUCAUUGAAUUAUAAACAAAGUUUUUCUCUGCAUCAAAUGUGCCCAUUUUGGAGGGGCAGGGCUCAUGAAGCAAGUCGUACCUACAAUGUAGUUUGAGAACUGAUGACAUUGGAACAGAAUAUGAAACUGCAGAAUGGCAUAUGAGGCUCCUUUCCUACGGGCUUUUCUUUAGAAGCAGUCAUAAGCAUGUCUUCAACAGAUACUUUAAAAAAGGAGAGAAUUGUAUUUGACUUAAUGUAUGUGUGUGUGUGUGUGUAUAUAUAUAUGGUGUGUGUGUGUGUGUGUGUAUAUAUAUAUAUAGUCUGACUCAUUUUUUUUUUCAAGUGAUGAUUUCAUGGCUGGCAUUUAAAGAAUGCAACUAUCUCAUUUUGUUUAAAAAAUGCUGUGGAUUUUGAAACUGAAUUAACAAGCUAUAUAGACACGCCCAGAGAUCUGAUUACAAAUUUGGAAAGUAGAGGACUGAGAAAUUCCCUAGGAUUGUGUGGGUGGAGAGGCGGGGAGAACCUUUGAGUAGCUUAACAGGAACCUUGGUGCUCUUUGACCUCAAAAAUCAAGGACAAGAAUUGAACACCAAUAAAAAAUGAAUUUAUUAUUUAAAAAAAGAAAUCAAGGACGGGAACAAAGAAGGUAGACAAGUAACCGGUCUCCUUUUCCUACCCUUAAGGAGUUUCAGUAAGGAGCUUUAAAAAAUCUUUUUUUGUUCCAGCAAUAAUUUUUUUUCUUUACCCCAUACAUUAGAAGUUGUGUAGAGAAACUAUCUCACUGAAAAGUAUUACCAAGAUAACAAAAACUGGCUAAUGUUGGAUGUAGACAUUGAAUACUAUUUCUGACUUCCUGUGUUAUUGCUAGCCAGCAUAUGGUGUGUUGGCAUUGCCUCAAACUCAGGGAUCCCACAGGGACAGAAGGGGAUUCCCCCCACCUUUCCAAGACUGCUGAAAAUAGAAAGUAGUGAUAUUGUUUGGCCCAGCCUCCAGAAAGGAUAGUGUCUGUAUUGAGAUAACUGUGGUGACUAGCAGAACGGGAUACCCCAACCCACACUCUGGGAUCCUGGAGGUGUUGUCACCAAAUGAGGUGAGGGUCACUGCCAGUGGCUACUACAAAUGCCCUUUGGGGAAGUGGCAGGGAUCCUCAGCUGCAGACCUAAGGGGAUCCUAGCACUGUAGCCACCCACAGUCCGUCCCUGACCCCUGCCUGCAAAAGUGGCUGUUGCUGCUUCACAUCCUCCAGUGUCAUGGGAACAUCUUGGCUGAGGCAUCCUGCCUUCCUGCUUGUCUUCAUUUACCAGACUUGUGGAUUCUAUAGUGUGAUGACAGAUCCCCCAAUUUCCUCACUGCUCAGCCUCGGGUUUGUUUGGGGGGGAAUCCAAUAUCUGGCUGCUCAUGUCUUUCAGGCCAUUGUGUAAACUUGUUUGUGUGGCACUCCUAUUUCUAGGUUGUACUCACACUGCUGUACACGCACAUUCAUGUACACAAGCACGCACACACGAUAUCUCAGUCUGGCUAGGGUUUUUUAAACAUUACAAAAAUAAAAAAUCUCUUUCAGCUGUUGGAAUGGGUUGCAGCUAAGAUUGUUUGAGCUAACUGGACUUAGGUCUUACAAUCUGGAUUCAUUAUCGCACACUCCCCUGGUUCAACAACAUACUUAUUAACAUUAGUAUGAUGACACAUUAAUAAAAAUGGAGCAAUCUAAAUUGUAUAAGGUGAACUAAAGAGGAAGGAAAGUGACAUGAAUAUAUUUUGCAAAUGGCACAUUAAUUAAAAAAGUAUUAUUUUACUGUUUUAUUUUUAAAGUGGGCAUUCUCUACGGUUUCCAGUCCUCUAUGUUUUUUAUCCCUCCCCUGUUUGUUUGUUUUUUUGGCCAAAUAAGGUAUAAAGUUAUGUUUAAAUACAACCAAUCAGGCCCUAAAUGCAAAAAACUCAUCUUGGUGCUUAUCACUGGUAUAAUUAUUAUUUUUGCUCUUAGGAGCAUAAAUUUGUAGCUUUAUAGUAAUGGAAUUUUUCUAGUCACUGUCAAAAAUUUUUGUAGAUUGUACGAGUAAAUAUUGUUUUCAGGGUUAAAUGAUUGGAAUUGAUGUAUAUAGAGUAAAAUUACUGUAAAACUUUUACAUGAUUUUCCUUAACUUGGUGUUCUUUUCAAAAUACUCUUUGAAAAAUACAUGAAAGUGAUAAACCUUAAAUCCGAAUAAGCUAAUAUGUUAAGAUUUUUUUCUUUAUGACCUCAAAAUCUUACUGUUUUAGUCUUUUUAAAAGAAUGGGAAAUGGCUCUUGAACUGUUUUUUUGUUUUUUGUUUUGAUUCUUGAUGUGAACUCCACUGUUGACUGACCUUGUGUAUUCACAUGAAUGUACUAUCUCUCAUUCCCUAUAACCAGACUGGCUUGAGCAGACAUAGACUCGUCAUGUCCUCAUUCUCAUUCUCUGCCCAGCAAUCUCAGCAUUUUCAUUUUGAUACAGUAGAGUCACACUCAUAAGCUGGUUAUAUUUUUAGACCGUGCCUCGGAAUUAAAUCAAGCAUGCUCAGAAUUAUCCCUGAAAAUCUCAAAUUGCCAGUGAAGUUCUCUGUAUAGUCUUACAGUUAGAAUCCCUAUAGAGUGAUACACAGGUAUGAAUAUAUUAUGAAUAUAGUAAGUAUACUAUAUACAAUACACAAUAAAAACUACAUAGCAACAGUAGACUCUUUUAACACCAAUAAUUAAACUUUAAAUGUGUGUUUUGUUUUCUGGGCACUAGGUAUGCUUGAAUUUAUGUAAAUUUAUUGCUAAUUCCAUGCCUUGUGAUAGAUCUAGAGUGUGAGCUCCACAAGGGUAAAGACUUUUAUCUGGUUUGUUCGUGAAUAUAUCCUCAGAGCCUAGAACAGGGCCCAGCACACAGUAAGCAUUCAAUAAAUAUUAACUGAAUGAGUGAACUCUGAUGUAUAUACCUAUUUAUAACCUGGCUCCAUUUAUCCUACUUUAUCUGCCAUUCAAUUCAAUUAAAAAAAAUUUUUUUAAUACA